GAGUGGUUGCGGCGGCAGUAGGAGAGCGGUCGGGGUACGGCGGCGGCAUGGCUUCGUCGCAAGGCAAGAACGAACCGCGGUUCGCCGACUGGAUGGCAGCUCUGCCCGACAGCAUCCGCAGCACCCCGCUCACCAACCUGGCCAUCCCAGGAGGAUGGUGGGUAAAGGAAAGGCUUCCAGUUCCAGAAGGUAGUGAGGCUGGGUGGAAGCAAAAACUUCCUUCACUUUUCUCACCUGGUUCCCAUGACUCCUUUAGCUUCUACAUUGAUGAAGCCUCUCCAGUUGGGCCUGAACAGCCAGAAACGGUCCAGAACUUUGUGUCUGUUUUUGGGACUGUGGCUAAAAAGCUGAUGAGGAAGUGGUUGGCUACACAGACCAUGAACUUCACCAGCCAGCUGGGUGCAGGUAUACGGUAUUUUGAUCUUAGGAUUUCCACUAAGCCCAGAGACCCAGACAAUGAACUCUACUUUGCUCAUGGCUUAUUCAGUGCCAAAGUUAAGGAAGGCCUGGAAGAGAUCAAUGCAUUCCUUGCUGACCACCCAAAAGAAGUGAUUUUCUUGGACUUCAAUCAUUUCUAUGGAAUGCAGAAAUACCAUCACGAAAAGCUUGUCCAGAUGCUCAAGGACACGUAUGGAAACAAAAUGUGUCCUGCUAUAUUUGCCCAUGAAGUAAGCCUCCAGUACCUGUGGGAAAAGGAACACCAAGUGCUGGUUUUUUAUCACAGCCCAGUGGCUCUUGAGGUACCAUUUCUUUGGCCAGGCCAGAUGAUGCCAGCUCCAUGGGCAAACACAACAGAUCCAGAAAAACUGAUUCAGUUCCUGCAGGCAUCAAUCACUGAAAGAAGAAAGAAGGGCUCCUUUUUUAUAUCUCAAGUAGUGCUGACGCCAAAGGCUAGUACAGUGGUGAAAGGUGUUGCAAGUGGUCUCAGAGAAACAAUAACAGAAAGGGCUCUUCCUGCAAUGAUGCAAUGGGUCCGAACUCAGAAACCAGGCGAAAGUGGUGUGAAUAUUAUCACUGCAGAUUUUGUAGAACUCGGUGACUUUAUCAGCACUGUUAUAAAGCUCAACUAUGCCCUGGAUGAAGGUGAAGAUGACACAACUUGAUAGUACUGCAAUAUGUUUGUUGUCGCGCUAUUUAGAAUUCAAGAAAAAAAAAAGUCAAAAAAAAAAAAAAAAAAAGAGAAAAGAUUGCAUUUUAAAAGAAAUAUUGUGUAAAACACUGAUCUUCCUAAAACACAUUGAAGUGUUUAGGGCUUUAGUGGCUGAGCUUCGGGGAAAUAUUUUAAUCAGUUAUGAUCAUUUUUUACAUUUGUGUUUCAUGUGAAGAGCAAAACUAACCAUGUUUACAGUGUUUGAUAUAAGAAGACCAUUUACAUGUUUUCCAUGAGAUACCAAAUGCAAUUCUUGUGUUCUGUGGUUAUGAGCAGUGCCAAGAAAUUUGCUGCUUUCAGCACAGUGGGAUGUGUGUUCCUCUGACUGCCCACAGCAGGAUUCCCAAAGGUGUGAACAUUACAUCAGACAUCUAAGGAUAGUAUAUAUGGCCCUAAAAUUUUAAGCCACUACACUUCAUCUGUUAGAUGAUUUAAUGGAUUGCAUUUAUUGAUAGCUACAGGUUUAAAUGCCUUUGUGAAGUAAAUACAAAGUCAUGGCUUUAACUCAUGUGUAAUCACUGGACAGUAAACACAAUGCAUUGCUCAGCUUGCACAGAGCAUUGACUAAAUCCUGCUUGCUUUUCAUUCUCAAAGUGGAGUUUUUUCAGUGUCUCUGCCCCAGGUUAAGUAUGUCAGCAGUUACAUAGUGACGGGCUAAGUCUGUACUAGGUGCUGCCAGUGUGUAUUUUCCAUGGCUUUAGCAGGUAUAGCCAUUUUCCAUGGCUUUACUUAGGCCAGCUUGGAGCACUGCUCCUUCCCAGGACCAGUCUCAUGUAGGAGUCUGAUCCAACAUCCAUUGAGAAAUUUACCGUGUUUAGCAUGGACUAGGCAUGGAAUCAAUGACCAGGAUGUUGUCCUAUAGUAGAAAUAUGCUUUCUGUAGGAUUAAAAAUGUAGUUUAGAAAAAAUAGAUGCAGUCUGAGCUUCUUUUUGGCAUACCUGUAAAUACAACACUUCUCUACUGAUUAAAAAAAAAAAUCAGUGUCAGUUUCACAGUGAAAAACCGCUGUACUAAAGAGUGUAGUAGUUCAGUAUCUAGCUAAAAACAAUAUGCUAUAGUCCUUACAUUGUAUGUGGGAAAUAACGCAGUAUAACACAAGUUUAGAAGUCUGUUGAAUGGCACUGUUGUAGCAGUGGAAUCUCUGAUCACUGUGCUUUUAACAAAGCUAAAAUUCAAAUAUAUGGAAAAGUUAGUAAGUUAUAAAAUAAGAGCAUUGACACUAUAUAACACCUAACUGGAUGUAGUGCCAUCCGUCAGAUGUCCUAAUUACAUCAAUGCAUAUCAUUCACUCAGCUUUGGAAAGCAAAACAUUUCAUUUGUGCAAACCAGUAGAUGCUAUAUUGUCAUACAAGGAAAAUGCUCUUUAAAAUGUUGCAGUGCUUUAUAGGAUAAGACUAGGGUCAAGUUUCCAUUGAUACUGCUGGAACUUUCCACUGAGUGAAAAGGGAGAAAAGCGUCAUAUGGUACUUUGCUAUUUUUUGUCAGAUGGUAAUGACUACCAUCUAUCAUCAGAUUCUAUCAAAACAAAAAUGGUCUCAUUGAACAGGUGAGUUAUGGGGGAUUUGUUGGUUGGUUUUGUUGUGGUUUUUUGUUGUUGUUGUUGCAGGGUUUUUUUUUUUUUUUUAAUCAUUUUAUGAAGAAGUGGGUUAAAAUGAACACUUGCUGCUAUUUUGUAUUGAGAGAGGGUGCCUUGGAAGGUGUGUGUGUGUAUGUGUGUGUGUGUGUGUGUGUGUGUGUGUGUGUGUGUGUGUACAGCAGAGAAACAUUUAAGUGUAUCUGUACUAUGAAGACACAUUUUAAAUGUAUGUAUACAAUACAGAGACAUCCAUGCACAUUUCCAUAGUGCUGUUCUGGAGGAGUGUUAUAAAUUUGCUUGAAGAAAACUGCAAGUGUUAGGAAGUUAUGAUGCCCCCUGGACAAGCAGUUCUGUCUGUGUUAAGAGUGUAAAAAUCAUCCUUAGUGAAAUCUGUGAUCUAAGUCAGUUAGGUUUUGUACAGCAUUAACAUUUGACUCGAAUUGAUAUAAAAUAUUUACCAAGAGCUACAGCCCAUCUUUGCAUUGAACAAGGGGUAGAGCUUGGUGAUUUCAUCCAGGACUACACAAGAUGUCAGGUGGGUUGGUGCACGUUGUUGUCAGUCUCCACAGCUUUGUCAAGCAAAAUUAAUGUAAUGGACACAUAAAGUAAAACCUGAGCAUGUGUGUUCAGGAAGCCUGUGCAAACUGAAAACUUGUUUGUUUUACUUAGUUCGUAAAACGCUUCCUUUUCUUCCAUGUGGAGUGUCAUAGAGAAACAUGAAAAUGUUUGCUUAUUUAUUCGACACGUGAUGUGAAGUGCUCCUUUUAUCCUUUUGUGUAGCUGGAUUUACUUGCUUCUGGAUUCUUUCUGUCAUUCUUUAGCUACGUAGUACAUCCUGAACUAUCCUUCUAAUACUGUAAAACAGUCAGGAUCUUUGGAUGGAGCAAAAACUGGGUUUGUUCUUUUGGAUUCUGGCUGACAUUCUGUUGGAUCUAAGAGCACUAACACUGAGUUCCUCCUGGGACCUCUGGCUCAAAUACACACCAGACACACCAGGCCUCUCGCUUACACAAGGGUGUACUCAAAGCAAAUGUUCUGCUUGUUGAUGAAAAUGUGUGUGUGUGUGUGUGUGUGUGCCUAUAUAUAUGAAUAAAUAUAAAUCUAUAUCAUAUCUUUGGCUUAUUAACGUUGUUAUGAAAUGUUUGCUUAGCAUCACUGUAUUCUAAUUGUCGUUUGGGUGCUGGAAAAUAAAAGCAAAAGCAAAAAAAAAAAAAAAAAAACAAUCCUCUGACAAGAAGGAUAAUAGACAAAUCACGUAGUUUCUCCAUUAAUUGGGGAAAAUGUUAAAUUUUGGUCAGAAAAUUUGUUUUCAUUUUGCUGUCGAUCUCCUUUCUGUUGGAGAAGCACAGUACCUUGUGAUGGGGACAGGUAAACAAACUUGCCUUAAUUACUAAAAUAAAAAAGUGGAGGUGGGGGGGAGCAUGCUGUCCACUCUUUCCUGGCGAUUUCAUCUGUAAGGCACCAAAACUGUAAUCAUACUGUCUUGAUGGGGAUACACUCCCAGCUGGAUAUCAUCUGGGAGAUCUCGCCAGAAAAGAACAAGCCAGAAAAGACUAUGCAACACAACUGGACCACUCUAGAGGCCCGUGUUGCCAUCCAUAUGCAGCUAAAACUUUUUGAUUUCAUCCAGAAAUGUGCUUGCAGAAGAACUGCAGGACGGGGUCGGACUAGUUGUCUGACCUCAUUCAUUUGGGAAGUUUGUACCCGUGUGUUAUGAGGGAUCCUGUGUGGAAAGUUAGAUGACUGUAAUCAGACUACCAGAGGAAAAAUACCUGUCUACACUAUUGAUCUCCAUGGGCAUCCUUUUAUUUAAAAUGUGAUGUCACUUGCUGUCAAAGUGUUCUCUCUUCCUUUGUUCAUUUUCCCCCUUGCUACGUUCACUGUGUGCACGUGAAGCAGCAUUGCUUUCUGACCUUUUCGUGUGAUUCCUUACACUUUCUUUCAGUCUUGGAAAGUUACAACUGCCUCAUACAACUCAAGAUGAUAGGCAGUGGAGCAGUCUCUUAGCUAGUGUAAAGCUAAGUGGCUCCAUCUUUCAGUCUAUGCUAGCUGAGGGUCUCUUUGAUGUUGACACAACUUGGGUUGAUGGGAAACAAUACAGCAGCUGGUUCCAGGAGUACAAGUCCAGCCUUGGGCAGAGACUCGGAACCAGACCAAAGGAGCCUAGUUUUAAAAUCAGGGGGCUAUUUACAUUCAUUUGCUGUUGGUUGUGUUACUAGUUGUGUAUAUCCUACCAUUUCAAGCCAUUCUUUUAAACAUACAUAUGUGUGUGUAUAUAUUUGCACAUGUGCGUGAGGGAAUGUGAGAUUCUGUAUGCUGGGCUAAGUUCUUCUGUCAUACUGGUACAAAUCUAGGCCAUUUCUAGUAACUUCAAAGCAUUUACUAGUGUUUUACCCUGGGAUGAGAGGGAGCAGAUAGUCAUUGACUAGUAAGUGUAUGUUGUGUUGCAAAGGAGAUAAAAAAUCUGGGGGUUAACUCUGCUAGACUGAAGAAGUGGAGUGCCCUGAAAAUAUAGCUCUAGUGCUGUUUAUUCAGACUAUAGUGUAUGGAGCAUUAGGUGUUAGCAACUGAGCAGGCUAUUUGGUGACUUCAGGAGUUCAGUUAACACCAUUUUAAACUUCUAAACUCUUUUUCAGUGAAGUAAAAGCUAAUAGCGUAUAUGAUGUAUUUGCCAUAUCUCAGUGGUAGCUUCUGUGUUACAUACAGUCAACGUUUUUUCUGAAUUGUAUAUGUUUACCAAUGAUGAGGUUAAAAUAUGCUCUAUAGUAUGUGCAAUGUAUUGAUUAUAGGUAUGUUGGAGUUCGGUGAUGUAUUUAGUUUUAACUGUGCUGCUGUUUUGUAGAUAUGUGUGUGUAUGGAAGUAUGGAUUGUCUACAGUGUAUGAGGAAAUAAUAAUUAAUCCUAAAGGAAAAGGGCAGUUAUGUAACCUGCCUUAAUGCAUUUGCAUAAUCUUGUUUAAAGCCCAUAAUUACAAGUUCUGAUUUCAGACAUUACUGGGGAUUGACUGUAGGGCUGACUCCCUCACUUCUCUGCAUUAAGGAGUUAAACUUGAAGUUACCUGGAGCUCACUUACAUAUCGAUAAAGAGAAUAGUACGUUUGCACAACCUUGAUUGUACGUGGUGGCAAAGAUGUGGUUUCCUGUGUGCCACAGAGCAGAUCACUUCUGCGCACACACAGCUCCUGUUGAUGCCAGCAGGAAUUGUGUCCGUGCAAUUCAAAGGUCUGAAAUUCCUCUUCUGGGAUGCAGACAUGACAUUAAGGUUGUGGUACCCUGGCUUUAUGGAAGUGCCUGGAUGCUGUGCAGUACUGCUCAUGUCCCAUAUUGGAAUUUAGCUGUAAGCUUGCAGUAAGAGCUUUGAACUCAGUUCCAGUCCAGAUAGGACUGUAAAAAUCCUUAUGUAAAAAGGAUGAAUAUCUGAGGCUGAGCAGAUUGGCCUGGCAUACCCACCUACAGCAUUCUGCUUUCAGGAGCCUUGACAGCUUAAAUAAAGAUGGUUGUAGUAAAUUCCUGGAGGCUGACAGGGCCUAGUGCUCUAGGAAGGGGAAUGUAAAUCUCUCCAUUGCCCACAGGUAUGACCUUCGCCCCCCUACCAUUCCUACAGCUAAAUCUAGCCCUCCUUUCAGUGUUUCUUGUGAGAGAUGCCUCUGCUUGAUUCUAAGGGUGAUGCUGAAAGACAUGAAGAACAAAGUGCGUGCCUCCUGCCAAGCUGGUUGGAUAGCAGUAGGCAGAGUAUUCUUGCUCGACAUGAAGUCAGCCUCUGCAAGACGUACUUAAGCAGUGACAGAAGGGAGGCAGAAGUCUGCCUCAAGACCCUCUCCUGUUAUCUUUGUCCAGCUACAGUGCAGCAACUUUCCAGUUUUCUCCUUUGUCUCUGUUCAGUGCUCCUCAUCUCAGCUUCUGCAUUCUCAUCCCUUAACUACUUGUGGUGAACAACAGUGUGCUCAAAGUGGGUGUUACAGGUUUGUCACCCUCACUCACCCAUCACAGUUCACAAGUUCUUACAAAGUAUGCUGCUAAAAGAUGACACUGUCUGAUAUCCAGUGAUUAUCUCCACACUCCAGAUAACAUACACAUGUCCUCUUUGAAGGACCUCACCUUGUCUGGUGAGAACUCAAUCAUACACUUUCUCUCUCCAAAUUAAAAACGAACUGGAUGAUAAGCCAGUGAGGGUCUCCUACUUUUUAGAUGCAGUUAGGCUUUUUUUCUGCAGUGGAAUAAUGUAGACUAGUCUCUUCCCUUGGUUUUAGGUUCUGCCAAAGUCACUUCGAUCAGCAAAUUCCUAGGGUGAGUUGAAUGCUUGAACUGGAAAAUCAGUUUUGUUGUGAAGCUGGGAUCCUUGAAGCAGAAUCCUAGGCUCUGUGUAUAAGUAUUAUUAUUGAAAAUGAUGAUACAAGCUUAAAAUUAUAACUUUAAAAGAAAUAGAAAGGCUUGUCAGGACAGAUGUUAAGUUUUUUGCCCGCCUGAGACAUGAGUAGCUUUAGGAUCAUGCAAAGUGAUAAUUAGGAUGUUACUGCCACACUGCCUCCUGAUGAUGUUCAGGGUCUCUGUACAGAAGCCUUAUUAUUCCAAAUGAGCAUUAAUGCAUUUGAAUGACUUUCUCCAUUUCUGUGGGAAGAACGAAUGUGUAACAUUGAGGACAUGGAGCUCCAUGUGUGUUGUGCCCACAAAGGUUCACAGAGCUGCACCUUCUCUUUUUAGGAUCUACUUAAUGGUACUUUAAUAAAUGUUGUGUAAAAAAUGCCUACAGUUCUGUAUAGCAAAUGUGAAUUUUUAUGAGAAGAAUGUGUAUUAAUGCAUAAAUAAAUAAAUACUGUUUCUUUGUAUCCAGUUAAACAUCUAAUAAAGUUCUGGUACCUGUG